CCUCAGUCAGUGCUGGGCUGUGUGGAGGAGCGGACAGUCGGACGGAGCCGCUGCUGGCCGACAGAGAGCCGCUGAGCCUGGGGAGCUCUGGAGGACAGAGCCGGACUCUGAUCCGGAUCAGGACAAGACUUCAGACACUUGUGGGAUUAAAAUCAAAGAGCUCCGGGACCGGGUCCGGAUCUGGAUUUAUCUUCAUGCUCUGCACACACACAGGAGGUCCGCUGUGAUCCGGAUUCUCUGUAGACCAUGGUCGGGGAGAUGGAGGGCAAGGAGAGGCCGAGACCCGGUCCGGAUUAUCUGAUGCAGCUCAUGAACGACAAGAAGCUGAUGGGGGGUCUGCCGAACUUCUGCGGGAUCUUCCAGCACCUGGAGAGACUGCUGGACGAGGAGAUCGGCCGUGUGAGGAAGGAAAUGUACAUCGACACUCUGAACGGAUCGGAGAGGAUCAGCGAGCUGCCGGACGCCGUCGGUCCAAACGUCCAACUUCAGGAGAAACUGUUUGUCCCCACAAAGGAGCACCCUGAGUUUAACUUCGUCGGGAGGAUUCUGGGUCCUCGUGGUCUGACAGCGAAGCAGCUGGAGGCGGAGACAGGAUGUAAGAUCAUGGUGAGAGGGCGAGGCUCCAUGAGAGACAGGAAGAAGGAGGAGCAGAAUCGAGGGAAGCCGAACUGGGAGCACCUGAACGAAGAUCUUCACGUCCUCAUUACGGUGGAAGACGCUCAGAAUCGAGCCGAGAUCAAACUCAAACGAGCAGUAGAGGAAGUCAACAAGCUGCUGGUGCCCGCUGCGGAGGGGGAGGACAGUCUGAAGAAGAUGCAGCUAAUGGAGUUAGCCAUCCUGAACGGGACGUACAGAGACGCUAACAUCAAACCCUCCUCCCUCGCUUUCUCUCUCGCAGCCUCCUCUCAGACAUCUCGUUUCCUCUCAGGCCCGGCCCCUGUUGUUCCCCCGCCCACAGCUCUGCGUACACCUGCCCCCACAGGCCCCACCCUCAUGCCCCUGAUUCGUCAGAUCCAGACGGUGCUGCCCAAUGGGACGCCUCACCCAGCGGCUCUGAUGCAGGGGACGGGGCCGGAGUCUGGUCUGAUCUAUGCUGCACCGUACGACUACCCGUACGCUCUGGCGGCGCCGGCCUCCAUCUUGGAGUACCCUUUGGACUCUGGUGGGGUGUUAGGUAAGCCUGCCCCCCCCUGCUCCUGCGAUUGCUCCCCGACACCUCAUCACCACCCCCAUGGCCAGUGGAGCCCUGCCCCCACACUGCUCUUAAGACACACCUCCUAAAAGAUGCAGCGCUGCCCCCUGCUGGACAGAGUCAGAAACACUAAAGGUGGAAAGUGAUGAUUUCAUUCAAAUUCACUUUAACCAACAAAAAUAGUUUAUUGUUGACCCGCUCUCAAGUGUUCCUCAGUCUGUCCACAGUAGGAUGUCUUUAAUACAACCUCAGCUGUCAGGUGAUGUGUUGGCUGUGAGCGAGGCAUUCAGGUACAACUGUUCACUUUAACUUUGAUUCGCUGAAGAUGUUUAUACUACUGUACUACUGUACUGCCAUCCCUCACAAAGAGAAGCUCACAGACUUUAACAAAAACUGAUCUUCAUCACAGUCGCCGUGGCGACACAUGACCGCAGCUUUUUGCCAUGAUGUCAUGUAACUGCAGCUUCCUUUACUGAAACAUGUGACGUCUAUUAAUCUUAGUUACUAAGAACUGAACUGCAGCCAACAUGCCUCCAAUAUGCCACCAACACGCCUCCAACAUGCCUCCAACAUACCACCAACAUGCUUCCAAUACGCCUCCAACUGGCCUUUAAUAUACCUCCAAUACGCCUCCAACACGCCUCCAACACGCCACAAACUGGCCUCUAAUGUGCCUCUAAUACGCCUCCAACAUGCACCAAUACGCCCCCAACACGCCUCCAACUGGCCUCUAAUAUGUCUCCAACUGGCCUCCAAUACGCCACCAACACACCUCCAACACACCUCCAACACGCCACCAACACACCUCCAACACACCUCCAACACGCCACCAACACAACUCCAACACGCCUCCAACACGCCUCCAACUAGAGUUGUUCCGAUUCCAAUACCAGUAUCAGGAAUGCCUCCGAUACUGCCGAAAAUUCUGGCAUCGGUAUCGUCGAGUACCGGAGUCCAGGCACCGAUCCAAUACCACGUAAUUUAUUAGAAAUAGGAAUCUAUUUACUGGUUAGCUCAGUUAGCUCUGACACAGUUCUUCUUCGCCGCUCUUAAAACAGUUGCACUGUGCUGCCAUCGGCAGCUGCUGUUUUAGAGGGGCAAAGAAGAAUUGAUCACCUGACACCUGUUAAAAGGAGCUAACGUUAGCGCAUCAUCGGUCGGCAGUUUGGCAGUAGUUUACAGUGGAUGUUCCCACCAGUAAGACGGCGACAUGCAACAUAUGCAAAAAAGCAAUUUCGAGGGGUGGCACGAGUGUUGCAAAUUUGAACACCAGCAACUUAAUCAAACAUUUGAAGACGUGAUAAUCAUAUCACAGCAGUCGCGGACUGGCCAUCAGGAGCACCGGGACAUUUCCCGGUGGCCAGUCCACUGAACUGGCCCGCUCGAUGAUUGCCGAUGGUCGGGACCAACCACCAUUAGGGUAUCUGCCUUGCUGAAGCUCACACAGACUGAGCAGCAACGUUGGGCACAAACACACCCCCUCCUCUCUUUUUCUGAGGCUCUCUGUCACAGCACUGCAGGCAGACACACACACACACCAAGUUACGCCCCCGUCCCCCUCCUCUCUCCCUCCUCCCUCACCUGUAGUUCUACAUGCUUGGAAAAUAGAGCGAGAUCGACAGCCCAAGAGGAAAGGUGGAGCAGAGAGGGAGAGGCUUAAAAAGCUAAAAAGCACUGGCCUCAGAUGCAGCGAAGUGCUGUAAAAUAACUGACAUGUUUGUCAGUAAGGGAGCAGGUAAGACAUUAAACACUAGUGGUGACAACUAGGGCUAAAACGGAUUUAAUAAAACAAAUGUUUUAAGUUGUAACAAAGGAUAUUGCAAAUUUCUUUCUGUGUGUGUUUGAAGUUUCCUUGUUUAAUGUAACAGUAAUUUAAUUUUAAUUAUACACUAUAUAAUGUGCAGCCUGCACAUUAAAAGUGUAGUAGUAAAUGAAAUAGAAUAGAAAUUAUGUGAUUUGAGUACAGGUUAUUGCAGCACAACAGAAACAUUUAUUUUGUAGGGGAAAGAAAAAGCUGUGUGUGAGCGCAUGUGGAGCCUUUGCUUUAUUAUUUUACACUCUUACAUAAGUAGGCGCCCAACCUAACUCACUCUUGGUGUUUUGUGUUAAUCGGGUGGUGGUGGCCUGGGAUGGUAUCAAAUUCCCGGCCUGAAUUAUUGUCCCAGUCCGCCCCUGUAUCACAGUCAUGCAGACGUAGUAUGAUUUUUUCUUUUUUUUUAACACACUGGUAUCGAUAUCGGUACUCGGUAUCGGCAUCGGGAGGGAAAAAAUGGUAUCGGAACAUCUCUACCUCCAACACACCUCCAACAUGCCACCAACACGCCUCUAACACGCCUCCAACACGCCUCCAACACGCCUCCAACUGGCCUCCAAUACACCACCAACACGCCUCCAAUUGGCCUCCAAUAUGCCACCAACACACCUCCAACAUGCCACCAACACGCCUCCAACACGCCUCCAACAUGCCUCCAAUACGCCACCAACACACCUCCAACACACCUCCAAUACACCUCCAACACGCCACCAACACGCCUCCAACACGCACCAACACACCUCCAACACGCCUCCAAUACAGUGUGAUGCUAAUGGAGUGCUAAUGGUAAUGCUAACUGUGCUAAACAACAGACGAUCUGUUUAAAGAUGUUUUUAGAACUGGAUGAAUUAUAAUGAAAAAUAAAACAAUAACAAUAAAUUAGAAACUAGUUAACAGAAAGUAAAGAAACUCUUCUAACCAGAAGACCAAGAGGUGUAAAGCUGAAUUGAGGACCAUUUUUAAGUCUAUUCAAAAUCACUGAGGUCCUUGAUUUCAACCACUGGACUAACAGACGUCUGUUCGGUUGCUACCGUGAUCUGUAAAAAAUACUUGGGCCAAAGUCUGAACAUUUCAGUUCGAAAAUACCUGGAAUAAAAUCAUUGUAUUACAAGAAAAAGUUACUUUGGAAAAAAAAAAAACUUUUUUUAUAUUUUGAUAAAAAAUAAUUAAUAUUACAAGACAAAGUUGAAAUAUUUUUAUAAAAAAGUAAAUAUUUUGAACUGUAACACUGCAAGAAAAAAGAGAUGAAAUAUUUUUAGUUUUAAAAUAUCAUAAGAUUUUGACUUUUGGCUUGAACUUUUUUAUUAAAAUUAUUUGGACUUUUUUCUUUUUUCUUGAAAUAUUACUUUUUGUUCAUUAUGUUUUACUACCAUUUUUUCCUGAAAUAUUUGGACUUUUUUCUUGUAAUAUUAUGAUUUUGUUUUGUGUGUUUUUUCCUAGCUGUGGUCCUUAAACUCCUGAUACUCUGUUUGCCUCUCAGGUCUCACCUGUAACCACAAUUUCUACUUUUGUGCCUUAACUUGUUUAUAACUUAUAUGUAACGAUUUUCUGUGAUAAUGUGUUGACGUACCUGUCCAUGUGCAUACCAGUCGGGAAUCUACAGAGUUUUAUGCAUCUGGCCCCUGGUGUAAAAUCGCCCCACAGGUAACAGAGCAGGUGGUUUCUGGGAAAUGCAGUCCCGAUGUGUGACGGUGAAGCUACCCGUCAGGACGUGAGAGUCACCACAGUGAUGAUGUUUGUUUUGAAAUUACUUCCUGCUCCGUUAUUUUGAGGACUUCAUGGCUCCUCCAUGUUGCUGAUGAGAAAUAAUGGAUCACAUACUUCAAAUGAUUUGCUCUUUUAAAUGUUAAACUCAUUUGAAAGAAUCCAUGUUGUUCUCUGUGUCCUCUGGUGUCUGAUGGUUCAUCUCAGUGAGUCCAGGAGGCUACAGAGAGAGAUAUGGUCAGUCUAGCCUAGCUUAGCGUAAAACUGCAAGCAGAGGGAAACUGCUAGCCUCCAAUCACAAACUAGCUUCAGUGCUAACUGCAAAUAAAACCAUGUUUCUCCACCUGUUCAGUAAACAAACGAAUAACACGCCAAAUGUGGAUUUUCCUCUCUUGAUGGAGCUAGGCUAACAGUUUCCACCUGCUUCCAAGCUAAACCCAUCUCCUCUAUACAGGACAGACACAGAAGAAUCUGACUGUGAAGGAGACAGAAAACAAGUGGAUUUACUAAACAGUUAAAUAAAAGUUCUCAGAUGUUAAUGUGACGUUAGCUAAUUCAGAAAAAUCAGUUUGACUUUUCCUGUGAAGGAAUUUGUUUUUUUCCACAUUGAAUUCCAACCGAUCAAACUGUAAUUUCUAUUGAUCACAAAACAAAGUAACAAAUAGGUAACACUGACAAAAUUAAUUAAAUAAAUCUGAUGAAAUUGUUCAGAGUCCUGGUCUAAACCCGCCGUGGAGACGACCGAUUCCUCCGUCACAUUAACAUAUUUCACUUGUCUGAACUCAACAAACUCAAACUCGGCUGCUGGUAAAAACUUGUAUAACAGUGCCGAGUGGAACAGUCUUAUGACGGUGGUGGGUCAUCUGUCUGCGGCGGGUUGUGUUCAGGUGCGAAUGGUAAACCUGUGUGUUUGCUGUGGUCUGGUUGUGAUGGUGGCGGACAGGUGGACAACCCCAUCAGCUCGGGGUGGCGUUCAGGGACACAGAAUGUGAUGUCACUGCUAAACAAGAUGCGAGGGAGUUUUGAAUGUGUUCAUAAGCAUAACAUGGUCAAACCUUAUUUAACCAAAGGAGAAUCACUUUAGUUAGGUGGUUUUGAUCCAUAAAAAUAGGUUUUUACCUGAUGAUACUUUUCUUUUAGGAGAAUAUGACUUGAAACCUUUUAUCUCCAAAGUGUCAUACUAUAAUUUGUUAUAUUUCUGUUAAGUGUAUUUAUAAUGAAGUGUGGGAUUUGUCAUUCAUAUUUUUUCCUUUUGGCUCUGAAAAUAAUCAAAAUAUUCUCCUAUACUUUAAAAUAUUAAAUGUAAAAACCUGUGAAUCAGUAACUGAUACUUUGGAGAUACAGGGUUUUCAUACUGCUCCUGGUUCUUACAUUUACUGUUAGUGUACAAGCUACCAGUACAACAACAUGCAGUUUUAAAACAGCAUGACAUUAAAAAGAUAAAUAUACUGAAUGCAGCUAUGACAAUAAUUAAUAUAGUAAGUAUUUAUGGACAGAAAAGAGGAGCUUCAGUUUUCUGGUUCCUCCAUUUCAGGUCAGUUUUAUUUAAAUAGCUCCUCCUUGUCCGCUGCCACCACACCAGACAUUUUAAAACCUCCGACAAACCUCAAAGACGAUGAUUUAAAACAUAAAUGUUUUGACUUCAUGGACAAGAAGAUAAAGAGUAUGAAUGCAUUUUACAAAAAAGUAUUCCACUUUUAUAUGUUUUAUUUUUUUGUCCAUUUUCUGUAUUUUUAUUUCCAUUAUUUUUUGUUGUUGUGAAGAAAGUAGUAUGUUCUUGUUGAAAUACAUAUAAAUGUAUAUGAAAAGUAUAAAGCAGGAAUGUAUAUGAAAGGUCACAGUUUUGUACUUUACUCUUUGUAGGAAGGUAGCAGCUUUAGUGUAGAAAUGGAUCGAUUUUAGGGUUUUAUACAAACGACAGGAGCUUCCUGUUUAUAUGCAACUUUCUAUGAAUGAUAGUGUUUAAGCUGACAGCUGUUAAUGCUGCUUUGUGUCAUCACAGCAAAGAUUUCCAUGUAAAGAGAAAAUUUCUUUUUAAAAUGCAAUAAAAGUUAUUGAGUAAAAAGUUA